AUGUCUGCCGUCUCUCGCGGUUUAAAUGGGGGAAGCAGCAGCAGUGGCAGCAGUACAGGAGAUGUUGCGCAGACUUUGGGCGAUGUCAUGAGGACAUCAACAGCCGACUCUCCGAGUGUUAUUGUCCUUGAUGACACAUUCGAGGAGAAGAAACGAAAGGACGAACCCAGCCCUCGCGAGGACUUGUGGUUGACAUCUGCAGAUGGCCGAUACAACUCGGCCAUCAUUCCGCUUCGUGUUGGCCGAGUCCCAAACCAAGAGAUUUUCCAAGUUCACAGAGACAUUUUGGUGACGACCGAAUACUUCCGCAAAGCGCUCUGUGGCGAUUUCAGAGAGGCCGAGGCACAAUCGAUGGAUUUUCCAGAAGAAGACCCCGCCAUAUUCCACUUUCUCGUCGCCUUUCUUUACCAGAAAAGCUUCAUUCCCAUCAGGCCCGCCGCAUCGGCGUUGGACCAGGAGGAGUCGGCCCGGGGCAAAGCACAAGAAACUGGAUAUCAAAGCGAAUCGGAAUCGGAAAUUUCAUCGUCGGAGGCCAGCGAUGCCAGCGCUAGAAGUCGACUACGGGCGCAGCGGCGGCAACGGCGGCGAGAGCGGCAAUGGGAGCGUCAGAACCGCAAGCAACCCGGCGCACACCGCCCAGAUUGCAGAUGUCCGCGCUGCACCACCACCACGACCGGGUCCAUGUCGCCAUGCUGGAAUUGUGGCGUCGGCCGCUCAAGGCCGAUGCCCGGCGGACCCAUGCCGCACAUGAUGCCAGGGCCUCCCGUGCCUCUCACGCGGCCAGCAUUCAUCCCUCCGCACCGCCGGCGUCGCAGUCGGCCCCAGAUUCUCACACCGCCUGGUUCAACACCCUCGAAUGACAAUCCCGCGUCGGGUAACGAGGACUUCAUGGAUGGCGAUCGUAUACGGGGUGAAGAUAUGCGAACCUGGCUCCUGACGUACGAGCUCAGCCUGGACGUGUACAUCACCGCCAACAAGUUCCUGAUGGACGACUUCAAAACGGCAAUCAUGCGUCACUGCGUCGACAUGCUCGAGUCCGCCGGGUCCGAUGCGGCCCAGCCGGCCGUUUUGGCGUUGUGCUCGAAACUGUACUCCGGAGUGCCCGAGUCCGACGGUCUGUUGAAGAUGAUAUUUGCCAGAGUCGGCUUUCUGCAGCCACUUUUGUGGCAGAGAGCACCGCAGCAGACGUCCGAGUUCUUGAUCGGCCACCCGGAGGUGGCGGCCCUAAUGCUCCGCGAGACGGCCAUGCGCAGAGAAGAGGAUCUGGGGAGCAGGACGCUUCCGUCCAUGGAACGAGCAACGCACACCCAUCCAAUGCCCGUCUGGCCGGUCGGCGCGCCUCUGCCUCCGCAUAUGCGGCAUCCCCCGCCACCGCCACCGCAACCUCACUGGCACCCGGCUCCGUGGUGA